ACCCCGUUAUCGGUAGAUCUGCUCGACAAUGACUGAAGGUGGCUUCGAAAAAAAAAGUAUUGAAGUGUAACGCUCAGUCGAUAUAGAUUCAGUAUCUCGGGUGUUGUCAGUGUAUCAAUCUUUGACACCUACUCGAACUGAUAGUAGCGUGACGAAGAGCCCACAUGGCUUGAAGCUACCUGAGCGCGUAAGUCUGAUCAGUGCAGUUCGGUAGUCGCUAAAGGGCAUAUCGCGUGGAGCGUGUGUGCAGACAACCUAACACGGAUAAGACCAGUGCGUCGUAAAUCGGUUAAUUUCGUUGGUGCAUUUUGCAGGGUAGAACGUGUUAACGCAAUGAGCCAUAAGAAUCACCGACCGUCGCGUGGAAGUAGAGAUCACUUCGAUUAUGUCAACCAACACCUGCUGGAGGAGGGAGACAAAAUACCCUACCUCGAUUCCGCGGAUGAAGAUAGUGAAGAUGAUGACGAUGACGACGACGAUGAAGAUGAUGAUGAUGACGUCGGUGAUGGUGGUGGGGGUACCAGCGGAAACGCAUCCGAUUCCGAAGACGAUGUAAUGACCGAGAGUCAGGAGAACCUAGCGAUGGCUUACGUAAAUCGGUACAGAAUGCCAUCGCUGGCGGAGCGUCGUAAUCAGGAGAAGUUAACCGUUACGAUCGAAAACGAGCGGAAUCCUUCCGUGAAUGUUCUAGCGGAGGAAGCCAAGGACAAACACACGGAACUUAAGAUCAUCCAGGAACGGGCAGUGGGCCUCCGACGGAAUUCUAUCUCGAUGCCAACCUUGACGACGGACGAUUUGGAAGCUCUGCACCAGGUUCGAAAGGAUGAGCAGGAGAGUAAAAUAUUGGUGGUUGAAACCACGAGUAUCAGCACGGAAACAACAGUGACUCCGUCAGAGACGCCAGGUACGCCGAUUAGUCUGAAACCUAUGCUACAGUAUGAAGAUGAAAGUGACGAAGAGAAGAAGCCGGAGAGUCCGAAGCACCUCUUCCGGAGUAGACGCCGAGGAUCGAUUGCCCCGCUGCCGGCCCUGAGGCUGAACGAUAAGGAAAUGAUGGCGAAUGACUUCGACACGCAGAGUGUUCUGAGCAAUCAGAACUCUAUCACUAGCGUAAAUUCGCUGGCCAGUCUGCUGAAGGAGAAAAUGCAGAACGUUCCGGCCAUGAUACGCAAGAAGAGACGGGAAACCAAAGACUACAAACUGCGCGUCUUUGUCGGCAUGCUGUUUCUUAUCAUCGUAUUUCUCGUCGGCUAUGCUUACAUCAUGUACAACCAAAAGCUACUGGCGAAGUCAUACUUCGAGUCGGUAAAACUACAUAAAAUUACCAGAGCCUUCCGUAUCCUGGAUCCUAAAGGGAAUGAUUUACUCACGGGGCAACUGGCGGUGAAUAGUUUCAUCGAAAAACCGUACAAUUGUUUGCCCCAGGACUUGCGGGAUGACGGUAGUCUAUGCUAUGAGUGGAAUUCUAUGGCGAGAUUGUACAUGAAUCUGGUCAAGACCGUUUCGCCGGAUAUCAAAUGCUACAGUUUCAGUUGGCAAACAUUGACAGAUAAUUACUAUCCCACGGAUUGCUUCGAUAUUGGAGAGGAUCGAGGUUAUUGGUAUGGUGGAGGCCUUACCAAUGGAAUUGAUUAUCCCUUGGGCAAGGCAUCCUUUGAUUUUGCUCCGUUCAUUACGGGUGAUAUCAAUGUGCAGCAAUGGGGAAAUGCGGUGAAAAGGUAUUUUCUGAACUCGAAAGGUAUAGCGAUUCGCGUGGAUGAUAGAACACCGCUCUAUGUUAGCAUCAACAACGAUUCCAAGAAUCGGUUCUGUUUGCAGGGUAGAAACGAUAAUUUUGCAUACGCGAAUAGACUGACAAAGUAUCCGGAGCUAACCUAUCAGAUAUGUACUGGCCCGGACAUGAAAACCCUGCAUAGCGCUCUUAUGCAGAAAAGUUUAUGGGAUGGUUUGACGGAAAACGACAAUACUGUCAUCAAAUCAUUGUUACGGGAACCGGUUUGGCAGAUUCCUGCAGCUAGCCAGGAGGAACUGACGGAGACCGCUAUUUACAAUUAUACUGAAAAUGUGAUAGUUUCCGGUUAUCUGCGACUUGGUCAUGUUCUUCUCAAUGAAUUCUGGCAAAAGCAUAUCGGAGAUUUCAAACUGGAUAGCGAUCGGUUUCCGACACUGGAGGACACUGUGAACAUCCUGCAUCGUCGAGGAUUUCGAAUAUCCCUUUCGAUUCAACCUUUCAUCAGUACUGAAAGUGCAAACUUUCUGGAGACAGUUUCCAAGAAACUGCUGAUUCAUGAACGGGAAUCCGAGCAAAGCAUUCCGGCGUUGACUCGUUAUAAGAGUCUAGCCAGUGCCGGUGUUAUCGACAUCACCAACAACGAGACGGUUUCUUGGUUGAAAGAUAAACUCAAAAAACUAACCGAAAGCAUAGGAAUUGAUUCGUUCUACGUUGAUUUUGGUAACGCUUUCAGCAUCCCUCGAUACUACCAGUGUUCCAGCAUGCUGGAAAAUCCGGAUCAGUACAAAACGACAUUCAUGAAUCGUUUCGAAGGUAAUCUGAAUAUUUUCGGAGUGUCGAGUGCCAUUUCGGUUCCACGUCCACCGGCGUUCCUCAGUUUGCCACCGGUAAACAGCUCUUGGAGUGGUCUGCAAAACAUAAUUCCGACCCUGCUGGCCUAUGGAGUCAUUGGAUUUCCGUUCAUAAUGCCGGGACCCGUGGGAGGUGAUUUCCUUUUGCCGACCGAAAAGCUAGCAAAAAUGUACUCAUUUUACCCACUGUCAAGUCCUCCUCUUCCGGAAGUGGAACUGUACGUUCGUUGGUUACAGUUGGCAACAUUCCUGCCGGUUUUACGCUUCACGCAUCUUCCGUCUGAGUACAAGAACGACUCGGUUACCGAGAUCGCAAAGGAGCUGUCGAAUAUUCGACAACAGACUGUCGUUCCCUUGUUGGAGAAGUACUCCAGUGUGGCCAUGGACGAUGGACUACCGAUAAUUAGACCACUCUGGAUGCUCGAUUCGACCGACGUGAAUUGUCUGUUCAUCGACGACGAGUUCUCGAUAGGGGAUGGUAUGAUCGUGGCACCGAUUCUGUAUCGAGCAGAUACCAGCCGUGAAGUGUAUCUUCCUCAAGGCGUUUGGAAGGACGGAAUUGAUGGUUCGUUGCGCAAAGGAAGCCGCUGGAUUCACAACUAUCACGUGCCGGCGAACAAAGUGGCAUACUUCGUCAAGAUGCCGGACAAUACACGAUUCUAAGUCACAUUCCAACCUCAACAAUGCCAAACAUUCUCAACCGAGUUCUUUCAUCGAACGAAAGCAUUCUAAGGUGUAAGAGAUUUCAUAUUUAUUUGUCUGAUGUUGAUUGUAUUGUAUUACUUAGACCUUAAACUAGUAUUAAACAUGCGAUAAAAGCUAGCAUUUGUUUCCAGUUGUAGCAACUGAGCAACCUUAUAGAAGUACAUUUAAAUACACUGUAAAUAUAUAAGUUUUUAAACCUCA